AUGAAUAUCAACUUGUUGAAAAUUACUCAGUUACGUCCCCCAUACUACGCUAUCCGUAGUUACGCCAACCUUGGAUGGUUUACUAAUCGGUUCUUUGUCGCGAACUGGGAGACCAUUGAUUGUCAAGAGGAAAGUGACAAAGAACGCAAGAAAGCAGAUGUAGUGUUUAAGAUUCAUUUUUUGGUGGUGAAAUGGGCAAAUUUCAUCUUCUUGGAAAACACCGAGAUUUCUGCCAAUGUGAAUGAUGCGCCAAUUCAUCCAAAUACAUGUACAUGUGUAUGUACAGUGUGGGAACAAAAAAAGAUUGGAUGA